GUAGCCAGCUAGUAGGAGGAGUGAUCUCUAGUGAGUUGGGCCUGGGCAAGACCUGCUAAGGAGAGAGAGCACUGCAGGCAGCGUGGUCCAGUCUGUAGCUGACACCCGGGAAAAAGUUACUUUGAGUGCGAAAGAGCCACCGAAAAGAUGUCUGGAGACGACGAGCCACAAGAGCAGACCAUCGCCGAUGACUUGGUCGUCACCAAGUACAAGAUGGGGGCCGAGAUUGCCAAUCGUAAGUGAAUAUGAAUAUAUAUUUAAUGGAAGAUGGAAGAUGGAAGAGUUUAGACGUGAUAGUCCGCUGGCUAAUGUGCUAACGCUAGCUCAGCUAUCACAAUGCAGCCAUGUGCUGUGUUGCUAGCAGCUAGCGAUAAAUCAAUGACAACGUCUCCUCGGGGCUAGCGUUUGGCCUGUGUAGGUGUCUUAAGCAAUAGUUCUGUCAGUCUCGUAGAUAUCGUAGUAUGAGUUAGCAUAUUAUUGCGAACUAAUAGUAAAAGUAGUCUAUACAUGCACUUAUGUAGCUAACUGGUACCUAGCUAAAUGCUACGUUAGCUAACUGGUAAGCAAACUACCGUCUGAAUAAGUUCGCUAUGAUACCGUUGCAUUUAGCUAGCUACUAUUUUCUAAGUUUAGUUAGUUAGGUAAUUGCCAACGAGUCAUUUUCACUGUCAUGUUUGCCAACUUACUACCGGUAUUUAAAACAAACAGGUCGUUUGCACCGCUCAUAUCUUAACAUACUCGCGCAUGUCAAUAAUCUUGAACUGUUACUGUAACAAGUGAAUCGUGUUCUCUGUGAAGCCUUGGGUGGUCGCUCAUUGUAUAGGGUUAAGGGCCAUCAGCAUCUGUCAGUUUAGUGACAAUGUAUUGCCUCAGACCUGCAACGCAGUAACACAGCUAUACUCCCUGUGCAUCCAGAUAUAGGUACUGUGUAUAUAUACACUUAUUCCCUGUGCAUCAAAAUUGAAGACCUGCCUGCAGUGUGUUCGUAGGAAUGUAUGUAAAUCCAGAUAAUCCCACAUAAUGCUCCUGGGAAGGGAUCGUAAUGUACUUUGCUUAAAUGACAAUCAUAUUUGCCCUAUGGAAGUGGUUAUUGGACCAGCAGAUCUACAUUUUUACAUUUGAGUCAUUUAGCAGAUGCUCUUAUCCAAAGGGACCUAAACAUUUUACAAAUCUACAAGUGACAAUAUCCACGGCCUUGCCUUAUGUGUAUCUAGGUGUCCAUCUCCUGGUCCUAAUAGUAAAUACCUGAAGCUUACCUACCUAACCUCAUGUUCUGUCCUCCUGUGUCUCUUCCUGUCUACUCCAGAGGCCCUGAAGACUGUGGUGGAGGCUGCCAAGGCAGGGGUGACUGUGGUCAGCCUCUGUGAGAAGGGAGAUGCUUUCAUCAUGGCAGAAACUGGAAAAGUCUUCAGGAAGGAGAAGGAUCUGAAGAAAGGUAUGGGCCUCAUCUCAUUGGUUAAGUCAAUGAGUUGUGUUGACAUCAUGAGUCAUGACAGAGUGAAGUGAAGUAGCUCUUGUAGAGUUUUGUAGUUGACUUUUUUCAUUGCAGGAAAGUUUAGUGUUUGGGGGAAUCUCAAGUCUUUUCCUCGUUUACUCAUAUCCUCUCUCCUUGUGUCCUCAAAAGAGAGGGAAGCGAGGAGAGAGGACACAAGGAAUCAAAACACUUUUUAUAUUCUUUGUUGUGCAGAAAGUUACUUUCUUACAUUAUUAAUGUAAAUAAAUGUCUGUACUUUUUGCCUCCCUCAGGCAUUGCGUUCCCAACCAGUGUAUCAGUCAACAACUGUGUGUGUCACUUCUCUCCCCUGAAGAGUGACCCUGAGAUCACACUGAAGGACCGGGACCUCGUCAAAAUGUAGGAACAAUAUAUCUCUGUCUGUAUGGAACUUUUAUGGCCGACUGUCUCAUGGGCAGCUGUUAUUGGAUGAAUCUUUGCCUUCUCUGUAUGGGACCUGUAUGGCUGUCCCUGUUCAACUGUUGGGGCACUACCCUUCCCAUGUCAGUGCAUGGGCCAGUCUGAUGGUCUUGAGUCUCUGUGCCUAUCCUUCAUGUGUUGCUUGUUGUUUUUGCCUGUGCAGUGAUCUGGGGGUGCACGUCGAUGGCUUCAUUUCAAACCUGGCUCACAGCUUUGUGGUGGGAGUGACCAAGGUAGUAGACCAUUGUUGUUUGCAGUGACGGCAUCAGGAUCAUUAGCAAGAGUGCAGAUGAUGUUGAUAAUAUGUUCUGUCUCAUACAGAAUGCCAGCAUACAGAUAUUCACAGAGACGGAUGUUCAGCACAUGAAACAUUACAUGCAUAGUGCAACAGUCAUGUAAUGUUAGACACACAAAGGAUUCAGGUAGACAGCCAUCUAGUACAUGGAAAAUACAACACAUGUGCGUAAUGUAUUUUCCUUUGUAAUCAGUUGCUAUAUUAUUUCACCUUCUCAUCCUCUGUUUUUGCUCCAUCAGGAUGCUCCCUUGACAGGGCGUAAGGCUGACGUUAUUAAAGCGGCACACCUAUGUGCCGAGGCUGCCCUCAGACUGGUCAAGCCUGGAAACCAGGUGAGGUGAUUAGCUAGCGCUUUACUGAGUGGACAGUCAGGGGACUAGCCUGGUCCCAGAUCUGGUUGUGCUCUAUAGCCAACUCCCAUGGUGCAGUUGGCUAUACAGCACAAACCGAGCUGGGAACAGGCUUAUUAGGGAUGCAGUGACAAGUAAAAAAAAAAAAAAAAGAAGCUUGACAAACAAAUAUACUUGGUAUCAUUGUAAUGGUACAGUAUUUCCAUCAGUGUAAUUAUAGCUCUUUAACGUUUAGGAUGUCUGUCUCUCUCGUUCAGAACUCACAGGUCACAGAAGCCUGGAACAAGAUUGCCAAGUCAUUCAAAUGCUCAGCCAUAGAGGGUGAGUCACUCCUUUUCAUUUAACAUACUUGGCACCUCAGUGCCACAUUGAUACACGAUACAUUCAACCCCCUACGUCUUGUACUGGUAACUUGCCAAAUCACAUACCCUGACUUUUUUUCAAAUGUUACUCUCUCUCCUCAGGCAUGCUUUCCCAUCAGUUGAAGCAGCAUGUUAUUGAUGGAGAGAAAACCAUCAUUCAGAACCCCACGGACCUGCAGAGGUGAGUGAGAGACAUUAACCAUUUAAUAUUAGUCCCAAGACCUCUGGCUUGUUUAGUUUUACUUGUAAGAUGCAUAUCUGUUAUUGUUUGUUGUAUGUAUCUGAGGCACCGCUCUAGCCCUAAUAGUAAUUGCUCUUGGGACAAAAAGUUUUAUUGAAUUAUGAAUGGCCUUGUUUCUCUCACACUGUGUGCGUGUAGGAAGGACCACGAGAAGGCAGAGUUUGAGGUACACGAGGUGUACGCUGUGGAUGUGCUCGUCAGCACCGGAGAAGGCAAGGUGAGGACAAACAUUCACUCAACAUUCCAGUCGCGUGAGGCUCAAACCCCUUGAUGGGUUGUGCUAGAAUCUAUUAAGUUAUCACAGUCAGGAGCAGCAAAACAGUGAGGGGACAUUAUGCAUUGAAUUACUCUAUUGUCCAUCUCCUGUCAUCACUUUGUAUAUGCUUUAAACCCCCUUCCUUUCAUUGCUCUAACUUCCCAUGUGUUCUACUCCACUACAGGCGAAGGAUGCAGGCCAGAGGACCACCAUUUACAAGCGGGACCCAGACAAGCAGUACGGGCUGAAAAUGAAGACAUCCAGAAGUUUCUUCAGUGAGGUGGAGAGACGCUUCGAUGCCAUGCCCUUCACUCUCAGGUAGCACAUCAGCCGCAGGGAGCGUACUUUUACCUACAAUGAAUAUCAUACUUUUACCUACAAUUAAUAUUAUAUUUUUACCCAGAACACCUUAAAUGUCAACUAGGGAAAUUGAGGUUGUUCAAAUUGAUCAAUUGAAUAAGGCACAAUAUAGUUUUUUCCCGAUUUAGACUAUUUGAUCCAAAAGACUACAUCCAUUUGCUCUCAUUCACCCCCAACUGAUAAUGCUUAAUUAUGUUUUUUGGUUUCCUCAGUUGUAAUGCCUAUUAGAUAUGUGAUGUUUUGGUCCUCUAUUGCCUUUUUUUAUAUUCUCCCCCCCUCUCCCUCGGUCUCUCUUUCUCCCGUUCUGUCUCUCAGGGCGUUUGAGGAUGAGGGCAAGGCCAGGCUGGGUGUGGUGGAGUGUGCCAAACAUGAACUGCUGCAGCCCUUCAACGUUCUGCACGAGAAAGAAGGUGAGUUGGAAGAUCUAACCAUACAGAGGCUAUGCAUUUAGGCUAAAGUACUGUACGUUACGGUUCGUGAAAAUGUGUCAGAUAAUCCUUUAAGGGAUGUGAAGGUGACUUGAAACGCAAAUGAAAUAUUUCUUCAUUGAUUCAGUUCACCACUUUACCAGUCCAAAUGAAAGUGUCAUAACCAAAUUGUUAUAAGCCUAAACUUAAUGGCUUUUUUUCUGUGUGAGAGUCUAGGCGAGUUUGUUGCCCAGUUCAAGUUCACUGUGCUGCUGAUGGCCAACGGACCCCUACGCAUCACCACAGGGCUGUAUGAGCCGGAGCUGUAUAAGUCUGAACACGAAGUGGAGGACGCAGAUCUCAAGGUAAAGCAAGACAGAUGGCCUACUGCUCCUACUGGGGAGCUGCACUAGGGCUUCGGGGAAACACUUAUUAGCUCCCACACUGGACGUGUAACUUUUUGCCUACGUCAGCAGAGCGCAAGCCACUUUAUUGGGUGUGACUUGGCUUUUUCAAAGUAAUUAUGUCGUUAUGUCCUAAACGGACAUAGUUGAUUUGUUGUUGUGUUUUCUCAAAAACCAACCUUUCUUUCCCCAGGCCUUGCUCCAAAGCUCAGCGAGCCGGAAGACGCAGAAGAAGAAGAAAAAGAAGGUAGGCUAACUAAAAGGUUGCAGGUUCGAAUCCCCGAGCCGGCAAGGUAGAAAAAUCUGCCAUUCUGCCCUUGAGCAGAAUGGCAAACAACAACUGCUCUCCAGGGUGCUGAUGACAUGGACGUUGAUUAAGGCAGCCCCCCGCACCCCUUAUUCAGAGGGGUUGGGUUAAAUGUGGAAGACACAUUUCGGUUGAAUGCAUUCAGUUGUGCAACUGACUGUGUCCCCUUCCCCUACUAUUUAAUGUAAAUACAUCCUGGUCUCCCUUGGGAAAGAGGUUUUCUCACCUCAAUGGGACUUCCUUGUUAAAUACAUUUAAAAAGGACACAUGUUAAUGUGAUGUAAAUACACAUUUUAUAAGAGUUUUGCCUCAAUCCCUCAACCCACUUUUUCCCCUUGUGACAAGGCUUCAAAGACUGUGGAAACUGAAACGGCACCAGGACAGCCAGCGCCGGAGGUCAAAGAGACUGAAGCUGCAGAAUAAAACCUUGCACCCCCUGACCUAGUCUUCGUCUCCCAAUAAUACUGACAGACAUUUGACAACUGACCAACCCAAAGAACAGAACAGAUGUCAAGACCUUCCAUCAUGCGCUCCUGUCCUGAGAUGCCAGCCUUGCAGUGCGGCCUAGCCUUUUGUGAUAAAUACCUCCAAAUGUGAACUGAUGUCAGACUGUACAGGGGAUGGUGCUGACCCUUCUAAAUUCAAAUUAUGUCACAUCCCAUUUCAAUCUCACUGUCCUUGAGACAGCAGGGUUCUCCCCAGAAUAGUAACCACUAAGUGACACCUAGAGGGAUAUUGAGUAGUAGAAGGGCAUUUUCCUGAGUAGACUCUGUGGGAGACACGUUUUUACCAUACAGUCGUUGAGCCUUGGGACUGUAAUGAAAGUCAACAGUGAAUAAUAAAAUAUAUGAAAGCAAAGCACGACAGUGGAGGGUAUGAUACGAUUACACUGCGCCAAUGAUUAUUCUGAAGGAAAACCUUUGCCGUCAUAACCAUGGAUGUCAGUGUGUGUAUUAGUGAAUUAAAUGUGUAAUAACUUGAACCCUCCAUUAAACCUACUUAAAGCUAUUCUAAACAUAUGAAAGACCUUAUAAACAGCCAUGCUAGCAAAUGACGGCUGACUACGUUGCGACUCGAAUCGUUAUGUACAGUAGAUAAGCAAAUUCCUUAGGGGCGUACCUAGCUAUUUAUCUUACCAACUGUUUGUAACAACUGCCUGAAGUCAGUUUCUAUGGAUAUGUCCCCUAACAGGACUACAUAUUACAUUGAUUUUUCGAACAGGGAAUCGGAUAAGGGGCUUGCUCUACGCACCACACACACAAAAAAAUUUUUUUUGUCAUUGUUAUGCCCAAUGAUGAAGGGUUCAAAUGUUCACAUUAUUAAAUGAUUUGUUAUCUAUACGACCGCCAUAAUUCAGUUCAUAAUACACUGGUACUGCCAAUUCGUCAAUGAAUUGAACCUAUAUUAGUCAGUGUUUACAUCCGUUUCCAUAGUUGUUUAAUACCUGAUACUUAAUUGUAAAAUAAAUCAUCCCAGUUUCUGGCUAUUUUUAGAUUCAUUUUUACUAGAAACAUUACCAAGGCGGCAUCAAAUAACACAACUCUAUUAUAUUGAGUUUGGGUAUGAGGCAACUGACCAAAGGACUAACUAACCAACUGCCGCACCACUAGUUAUUGUGGGGUUUUCGUUCUGAAUAGGAUAUUAGAGGGAGAGAUCAUCCCAUCAUUGUGGGAAUGUUUCUUACUAGGUUGAUUACUUUCUAAGUUUGUUCUCAUGAAAGAAAUGUAUCCUCUCUUGUAUUGUAAAUGUGUAUGGAUAUAAUUCUUCAAAAGUCUUUAUUUAGGAAGUAAUAGAAGUCUUCCCAAUAAAAUUUGGUAUUUUGGAAGCCC